UUGUAGUGAAUAAUCCAAUUCCUCGCGUUGUCUUCUCAUUCUCUUCGCUUGUAGUCUCCUCCAUCCUCUGCUUAUCGACUGAUUUCUCUCAAUGCUCUUUUGAUCUUUUAGUGUAAUCCACGGAGGGUUAGGAGCAUUGUCAGUGAGGUGGAGUUUUAGCUAUUGACGUGGUUUGGAAAUUUGGAACAAUGUCCAGAAGAGGCGAGCAUCAAACGGUUCCGCUGUCGGUUCUACUGAAACGAGAAUUAGCAAGCCAAAAGAUCGAAAACCCGGAGAUUGUACACGGACAAGCCAGCCAUAGCAAGAAAGGUGAAGAUUUUACGUUAAUUAAAACAGAAUGCCAAAGAGCGAUGGGAGACGGUUUCACCACAUUCUCAGUUUAUGGGCUCUUUGAUGGACACAAUGGAUCUGCUGCUGCUAUCUACACUAAAGAGAAUCUUCUUAAUAAUGUUCUAAGUGCCAUGCCGGCAGAUCUUAGUAGAGAUGAAUGGAUUGCUGCCCUUCCAAGAGCUUUGGUUGCAGGCUUUGUUAAAACAGAUAAAGAUUUUCAACAGAGAGCAAAAACGUCAGGGACAACCGUAACCUUUGUGAUAAUAGAAGGAUGGGUUAUAACAGUUGCAUCUGUUGGUGAUUCCCGUUGUAUAUUUGAAUCAGCUGAAGGUGGAAUAUACUACUUGUCAGCUGAUCAUAGGCUUGAAUGCAAUGAAGAGGAGAGGGAACGGAUCACUGCAUGUGGGGGUGAGAUUGGUCGGUUAAAUGCCGGUGGUGGUGCAGAGAUUGGUCCCUUGAGAUGUUGGCCUGGAGGAUUGUGCCUUUCACGAUCCAUUGGUGAUAUGGAUGUUGGGGAGUUCAUUGUUCCUGUUCCAUACGUAAAGCAAGUAAAGUUAUCUACAGCUGGUGGUAGGAUGAUUAUCUCUAGUGAUGGUGUUUGGGAUGUAUUAUCAGCUGAAGAAGCUCUUGAUUGUUGUCGUGGAAUGCCACCUGAUGCAGCUGCUGCACAGAUUGUGAAAGAAGCUGUACAGUCAAAGGGUCUUCGAGAUGAUACAACCUGCAUUGUUGUUGAUAUCUUACCACCAGAGAAGCCAGCUGCUCCUUCACUGCCACCGAAGAAGCCAAGCAAAUGUAUGUUUAAGGUCAUGUUCCGCAAGAAGAAUUCUGAAUCAUCGUCUCGUGACAAAGAAGAAUACAUUGAGCCGGAGGUGGUGGAGGAAUUAUUUGAGGAGGGAUCUGCUAUGCUUUCAGAAAGGUUGGAUACAAAAUAUCCAUUGUGCAACGUGUUUAAGCUGUUCAUGUGUGCAAUCUGUCAAUUAGGGAUGAAACCUGGAGAGGGCAUUUCAAUUCAUGCAGGCAUUUCUAAUUCAGUAUUGCGUCCAUGGGACGGUCCUUUCCUUUGCUCUAGUUGCCAGGAGAAGAGAGAAGCCAUGGAAGGGAAAAGGCCAUCAGCAAAUAGACAUGGUAGUGACAGUGACUAGCUAGACAUUUCCAGAUACAGUUGGGUUUUGUGGGCAUUAACAAUUGUUCUGGCGGCAGUGAUCUUAAAUGGGGGAAAUGGUGCAUUCUCAAUAUAAUAAUUUCUUUAAGUUUCUUAUUUGGGGGCAUCAAACACCCUUUUGAAUCUCUACUCCCAAGUCAGAAGAUAGAGUUGAAACGUGUGUCUAGAUUUCAGUUUUCAGAUUUGGUAGCGAGGAGACUUGUGUUUUACCUCAAGUUAAAGUGGAAAGAAGAAAGUAAAAAAAAA